UCGAUCCUGUACACAAAAUGACAGAACGGAGGCUCCGUUUCCGUCAAAGUGUGAGGGGGUGAAGGCAUCCUAGCCAGCCGCCGAUGUCUUCGGCUUCUCUGUGCCGGCGAAAACCCUGCUCACUUCCGCCCUCCCUCGCCGUCGUCUCUGGCCUCCGAUUCAUUUCCUAAGCAGCCUCAUCUCCAGAUCGCUCGCGGCCGUUGCUGCUGUUGGUUUCACCUCCUCUCAUCUGAUCUUCUUCGUAAUCUGAUCUCUAAUAACCUUAGGGAUAAUUCCGAAUCUUUUAUGUUCUCGGUGUGCCUUGUGCUGCAAGGCUAGGUUUUUUUCUGCUUCACAUUGUGGAGUAAUGCGGCGUCGUUAGUUAUUUUGUAGGUUUUAAGGGGGACCUUCAGAAGAGCAUUCCCUGGUCGAGAUGGCUCCCAGUAAAUGCAAACCUCCUGGAGAUGAAACUCCUACCACUGUGGCACCUUUGAAGUUCUCAAGAAGAAUGUUUGAGAAGCUCAACUCUGUUGACCAAAGAAUGACGCCAGAGAUUGAUAUUAGGGAAGUUUAUCUUUUGAUCAUGCAUUUUUUGUCAUCUGGGCCAUGUAAGAGGACAUACGAGCAGCUGCAGAAUGAACUUUUAGAGCACAAACUUUUACCUAGAAGGUACCAUGCUUGGUAUUCACGUUCUGGUGCACCAAGUGGUGAUGAAGAUGAUGAUGGCUUGUCACUACCUCUUUGUUAUAUCAAGUUGACUCAGAGGUAUCCUCAUAUUGAAAAGGAUCACAUAUUAAAGCUUUUGAAACAAUUAUUAGUUAAUUCAUCUCCUUUGCCUGCCAUGAUUGGAGGAGUUUCAAAUGCUGCUGUUUUUCCUACGCUUACGGGAUCUGGUUCCUUCUCUCUUCUUGCUUCCGACAGAGAUAAAGAGAUUAAAAGCUCCAAUAAGUUGCCACGUUACUUGCGUUGGCCACAUAUGCAUGCUGGCCAAGUUCAUGGAUUAAAUUUAAGAGAGAUAGGUGGUGGUUUCACAAAACACUGUCGUGCUCCAUCGAUUCGUGCUGCAUGUUAUGCAAUUGCUAAACCAUCAACUUUGGUACAAAAAAUGGAGAUCAUAAAAAAGUUAAGGGGACAUCAGAAUGCUGUCUAUUGUGCUACAUUUGAUCGUUCUGGGCGGUAUGUAAUAACUGGGUCAGAUGAUCGCCUUGUGAAGAUCUGGUCAAUGGAAACUGCAUUUUGUCUAGCUAGUUGCCGGGGACAUGAAGGUGACAUUACUGACCUGGCUGUGAGUUCAAAUAAUGCUGUGGUGGCAUCUUCUGCAAAUGACUUUAUCAUUAGAGUUUGGCAUCUACCUGAUGGGCAUCCAAUAUCAGUGCUGAAAGGGCACACUGGAGCUGUAACUGCCAUCGCUUUUAAUCCCAGACCUGCUGCUGUUUAUCAGCUACUCUCAUCCUCUGAUGAUGGAACAUGUCGUAUAUGGGAUGCCAGGCAAUCAAAUGCAAAUCCACGCAUUUACAUCCCAAAGCCUUUAGACACUUUAGCUGGAAAGGUCACUGAUCCCUCUCCUAGUGCUGGUCAACAAACACAUCAGAUCCUUUGUUGUGCAUUCAAUGCUAAUGGGACUGUAUUUGUUACUGGUAGCUCUGACACAUAUGCCCGGGUAUGGAAUGCUUAUAAGAGCAAUUUGGAUGACCCUGAGCAAUCAAACCAGGAGAUGGAUCUUUUGUGUGGUCACGAGAAUGAUGUCAAUUAUGUACAAUUUAGUGGUUGUGCUGUGGGGUCUAGAUCUUCCCUUGGUGAUACUCUGAAAGAAGAUAAUCUACCUAAAUUUAAAAAUUCCUGGUUCACUCAAGACAACCUUGUUACCUGCUCACGUGAUGGCAGUGCAAUUAUUUGGAUUCCAAGAUCCCGACGAUCUCAUGGAAAAGUUGGGCGCUGGACUCGUGCUUAUCAUCUUAGAGUCCCUAUGCCACCUAUGCCUCCCCAACCUCGUGGUGGUCCUCGUCUAAGAUGUCAGCCAACUCCUCGUGGUGUUAAUAUGAUUGUUUGGAGCUUGGAUAAUAGAUAUGUGCUUGCUGCUAUCAUGGAUUGUAGAAUAUGUGUCUGGAAUGCUUCAGAUGGUAGCUUACUCCAUUCAUUGAUUGGCCAUGAGGAAUCUACAUUUGUUUUGGAUGUGCACCCUUUUGAUCCACGGAUAGCUAUGAGUGCUGGCUAUGAUGGAAAACUGAUCAUCUGGGAUAUAUGGGAGGGCAUGCCUGUGCGGAUAUAUGAAACUGGCCGUUUCAAGUUGGUUGAUGGGAAAUUCUCACCAGAUGGAAUUUCAGUUAUUCUCUCAGAUGAAGUUGGUCAAAUAUUUAUCAUUGCAACUGGUCAGGGCGAUUCACAAAAGGAUGCCAAAUAUGACCAGUUCUUUCUUGGAGACUAUCGACCCCUUAUGCAAGAUACAAGUGGAAAUGUGUUGGAUCAGGAGACCCAACUUCCACCACACAGAAGGAAUAUUCAGGAUCUUCUCUGUGAUUCGGGUAUGAUUCCAUAUCCUGAACCUUACCAGAGCAUGUAUCAAAGACGCCGUUUAGGUAUUCUUGGUAUUGAGUGGCGCCCUGGUUCACUGAAACUUGCAGUUGGUCCAACCUACAAUGCUAGUAUUGGUGAUUUUCAAGCACUACCAAUUGUGGAUCUAGAGCAGUGGGUUGAGCCUUUACCGGAGAUUGUGGAAGCUAUAGAUUGGGAAAUUGAAAAUGACGUGCAGAGUGAUGAUGCUGAUUCUGAAUAUAAUUUAACUGAUGAAUAUUCCAGCCAAGCCGGUCAAGAAAGUUUGAGCAGCAGUUCAUGUGGGGAAGCAGAAAGCAGUGCCGGAAAUAGUGAAGGCGAUAAUGAUGGAAAGGUAGGCGUUAAGAGAUCUAAAAGGAAAAAGCACUCAUACGAAACUGAGCUCACAACUUCAUCUGGUAGGCGAGUAAAAAGAAGAAACUUUGAUGAAUGUAAUGGUGCUUCUAUGUCAAGGUCUCACAGAACUAGGAGGUCCAUGAAUGGGCGUUUGAAAAGAUUGAAAGCCUCUAAAUCAGAGCCUUCAAGGCCACAGAGAAUUGCUAAGAAAAAUGCUCUUACUUUCUUCUCUAAAUUAACAAGUGUUUCUACAGAUGAAGAUCAUGAACCAGACAGUAAUUUCUCUGAAAGUGAAUCAAUGUUCCCAGAUUCAAAGACCCAAAGUUUCGAGUCUGAAAGAUCACUGAAAUUUAAUCUGCUUAGCGGGGUGAAGGAGAGCAUCAAAGAUGAGUAUGAAGCCGCUGCAAUACCUUCUGAAGUCAUCAAUAAACAGGAUAGUCCAGUAAGCAAGAGGAGGUUGGUCCUUAAGCUGCCAUGCCAUGUUGUCUCUGGAACUGUGAUAUCUGAGUGGCCCAAACAGGAUAAUUUGUCUAUAUCCUUACCCACAAGUAAUUCUGUUGUCAAUAGCCAUCGUAUACCUGAAAGUGAGAUAGCUGAAACAGUCAGCUCGCAGAAUGAGAUUCCCUCCCACCGUCAUUUCUUGGUGGAUCACCAGACCAGUAUGAUUAAAUGGGGAGAAGUUAAGCAGCGCUCUUCAAAACGCCCAAGAGUUGGUGACAUGGUAACAUGGGCUGCUGCAAAUACAAGUGUAGAUGACCCUAACACAGCUGGAGACGACACUAUUGGAAUUAUAUCUGGGGACGAGUGUCGGACCUCAAUUUCUUGGAAACAAACUAAUGAGAAAAGCAAUGACAGAUAUGCAGCAGGAAACAAAGGAGUGGAUGCCACCCCACAUCUGCUUUCUCUUGAAAGUAUGUCUUUGGUUCAGCAAUCAUCAAUUUCUAUUCAAGAGUCAGAACAGGUGGUGCUUCCACAUAAGUGUGUUGACAUUAGAAAUGAAUCUGUUGAAGCAGAGAACUUAAAUCCUGUUAACCAUGAAUGCAAGGUUCUAAAUGAAUCAUCUGAAGUAUAUGAACUGGUUCCAAAUAAAACUGUCAAUUAUUUUGGCAGCAAGUGUAGUUUUGAUGUCGACCCUCAGGUAGAUGAAACUAUGAAGACCACUCACCCAAAUAUGUGGUUCAAAACAAGAGGAUCAGUACAAGAGUUUAAUAGUUCAUCCUUGAAGUUAAAAUCUUCAGUACUGAACAGUUUGAGGAGUGCAGAGGAUGAUCUUGUCUCAGACAGUCCAACUCCAUCUGACCAAGAUUUGGAUUUGGCAGCUGAUGAGGAUGAAGGAACCAACAGAAAGAGUUUAGAACCUGGAAAAUCUAAUAAUAUAUCAGAAAAUUCAGAAGGAUGGACAACCACAAAUGCCAGUUUGUCUGUUUCCCAUGAUUGCUUGGACUUAAAGUCUUAUCCGAAAAUGUAUGAUGCUGUUUAUAAGAGGACGAAGCCAUCCAAGGGAAAGGAAAGUUGCAUAACUGAUGUCCAAGUUAAGCAAGAAACUACUUCAGACUCUGUUGAUCAUGAUGAAGCAACGUUGCUGUUGAGUGGUAAGAUUAGAAAUUCUAACAGAAAAAAACCCACUGGUGGAAGGGCUCCUAACCAUGAUCUAAGCUGUAGCAUGAAUAACUUUGACAAUAAUUUUUUUAGUUCUUUAGGAGCUUCCACAAGCAGAGGAAAGUCUGCAUCUAGUUCAUGUAAUCAAUUUUUAGUUGAUGAUUGGAAAUCAACAUCAAAAAUGCCUGUUGGUUUAAGAUCUGUGAGAAACAGAAGGGAGAACUACAAUACAACUGAUUUCAGAUGUAUGGAUAAGAAAAGCCACCAAUCGUUGCGGAAGCUUUCAUGGCUUUUAUUGUUAGAGCAUGAGGAGUGCUAUAGAUAUAUUCCUCAAAAAGGUGAUGAAGUGGCCUAUUUGAUACAGGGCCAUCGUGAAUACAUUGAAAGCACUGCUACAACUGAAGUAGGUCCAUGGAAAUCAAUCAAAGGCUUAAAGGCUGUCGAGUUUUGCAAAGUACAAGAACUUGAAUACUCUACACUUCCUGGAUCUGGUGAUAGCUGCUGCAAACUAACCCUUGAGUUCAAGGAUCCUUCAUCUUGUGGGUUCAAGAAAACUUUCCGAGUCACAUUGCCUGAACUCAAUGAUCCUGACUUUCUCGUGGAAAGAUUACGCUAUGAUGCUUCCAUUGAAAGGAAUUGGACCCACAGAGACAAGUGCCAGGUAUGGUGGAAGGAUGCUGAUGGAUCGGGUGGAAGUUGGUGGAGUGGUCGGAUCUUAGCUGUAAAACCUAAAGAUUCUCAGUUUCCAGAUAGCCCUUGGGAAAAAUAUGUAGUACAGUACAAGGAUGAUUCUUCUGGACAGCAUUUACAUAGUCCUUGGGAACUUCACGAUGUCAAUACUCAUUGGGAGCAUCCUUCUAUUAGUAAUGAAACCAGAAAUGCACUUUUAUAUUAUAUUUCCAAGAUAGAACAGGCAUCAAUAAGAAAUCAGGAUUAUCAUGGUGUUCAAAAGAUGAAUCAGGUGGCUCAGAAAUCAAAUUUCUUGAACAGAUUCCCUGUUCCACUUUCUCUUGAAGUGAUAAAGAGGAGACUCGAAAACAACUACUAUCGCACCGUGGAUGCAGUGAAGCAUGAUUCCGAUGUUAUGAUUUCCAAUGCCGAGACACACUUCAUCAAAAGUGCGGAGAUGAAAUCAAAGAUCAAAAGGUUAAAGGAAUCGAUCAAGCGUACAUUUUCUUCAUUGACGGAUGAAAAACAAACAAAGGAGUCUUCGUAGUAUAGGUUAAGGCUGCUGCCUAAUUGUAUAUAUCUCUCCAUUCUAACAUAUUGUUUCACUGUCUUACGCACGCAUCCAUUUAUUUCUGUGGUUAGUUUUGAGGAACACCAUACACAGAGAGGGAAUGAUCUGCCUCCCUGAAUUCAUUAUGCCUAAAACAUUCACUAUCAAUAAAAUCAAUUAGAAAGAAAACUAAA